AGAGGAGAGCUAAGUUAAACUCAAAACCCUUGGACUUGUAUUGUCAAAAAGUCAUAUCGUCUUCUUCCUGUCCGAAUCGUACGUCAAUUCUUCCAUCUUUCUCUCUCUCCAUCAGCUUCCAUUUGCGCCAGUCCGAUUGAGGAGAAAUUGUUUCACUUCAGGGACUAUCAUAUCCAGCUUGAUUUGGGAUAGAGACGACAGACACAAAUCUGAGCGUUCGCGUAUUUCGUCGGCAUGCAGUUUUGGGGAUGACAGAUUGAGCCCAGGAGAAAGAAAGGCAGAGAAAGAGAGAUGGUGAGUCAGGUGAAGAGGGAGACGAUGAAGGCAUGCCUGAGCUGCCCUCUCUGCGACCACAUCCUCCGUGACGCCACCACUAUCUCCGAGUGCCUUCACACAUUUUGUAGGAAAUGCAUCUACGAGAAAAUCACAGAGGAUGAGAUAGAGUCUUGUCCAGUAUGCAAUAUCGACCUCGGUAGCACCCCAUUGGAGAAGCUUAGGCCUGACCACAAUUUGCAAGACUUGAGAGCCAAAAUAUUUCCUCUAAAACGAAGAAAAGUGAAAGCUCCUGAAAUUGUGUCCUUACCAGCAAGGAGGAAGGAGAGAUCUAUGUCGUCUUUGGUUGUAAGCACACCUAGCGUGUCAGCACAAACGGGAAGAAGAACUAAAGCGGCCACGAGAAAAGAGUUACGUGAUAGUGGUUCGUUGGCUGAGAGAACUGUCAAAAAAGAAGAAUCUUUUGGGGAUGAUCUUCUAGAGAACACAAGCUCACCCGACAAAUUCACUCAGAAUAAAAAGGAGGUAAAGAAGUCAUAUGCAGAGUCCUUCUCCAAUAAAGAAAAAAAAGAUGGUGAUGAACCCUGGGAUUCCAAAAUGGAUUGGAAACCUUUAAAUUUUCUGGUCGAUGUGGCAAACAGGACAAAGCCGUUGAAGUCUUCUGCUUCUCAAGGGCAAGGCUCGAAAUCUGAGCACGCUAAAGCAUCUCACAAACAGUUUCAAGGGAGAAAGACCAAAUUUAAGGAUCAAAAAAGUAGAUGUGAACGUGAGGAUGAAACGACUAAUCAUAGUGAUCCUACAACAUCAGAAACUGCUACUCCUAAAAGAAUGCGUAGGACUGAACGCAAAAGGUCUGCCACCAACUUUGGUGAUACAAGAAAUUCACCACAACAAGAUGAGUCAAGUGCAAAACGGGAGAGGAGAUAUGGUCCUGUUUGGUUCUCACUUGUGGCGUCCAGUGAUCAGGAAGUUUGUUUGCCUCAAAUUCCUGCAAAUUUUUUGAGAAUAAGGGAUGGAAAUAUUCCAGUUUCUUUCAUACAAAAGUACCUCAUGAGGAAGCUAGAUCUCGAGAGUGAAAGUGAGAUAGAGAUAAGAUGUAUGGGAGAAGCGGUGAUGCCGACGCUGGAGCUUCAGAAAGUGGUGGAUCUAUGGUUGCAGAGAAGUUCAAAUCGCCAAAGGUUUGCUGCAUCGAUUGGUUCCUCUGCAAAGGAUUAUAUGAUGGUGCUUGUCUAUGCUCGGAAGCUUCCGGAAUGCAACAAGUGAAGAACUUUAGAGACUCUUUUUGCAUGAAGAAUAUUCUUUGGAGGCAGGGUAAGCUUUUUCCCUCUCUAUGGAAUCUCUCAAAGCAAUACAAGAGAGAAACAUUACCUGCAGGAGAGGCUGAUCUGUUCAAGAAAAUCCAAAAUUUGCUUCUUUUACUACGUGUCCUUUUUGGGCUUGCAUGUGUAAUGUUGUUGUCACUUUAUUAUCAAGUGUUGUAGUUCAGAUUUUAGAUUGAUUUAUAUGCAUUUUAUUCGGCACGACUUCACUUCUAUGGAAGUUGUAGUUUCGAAUUAGGUCUCGAGUGUUGACAUCGGAACAAAUGGAGUGGAAACAAAGUCUUG